GUUUGGUCUGACUAGAAUCGAUUGAGAGCUCGUUGCAAAGUAGCUGGAGCAGCUUCUCUGUCGUUUACAGAGCUACUUUGGCAAUGUAAAUAAAAUGUUUAGUAGUCAGGGCAUUCAGGCUGUAAGAGUUGUUUUUAACAACGCUAAAAACUGCUUUCUUCACCUGCCAUUGACGUUGAUAUCGCACCUUUCCUUACAGGAGAAUCAGGCCUUGGAGCUUUCCUGGGGCAAUGGGCCUGCAGUUUUCCUCAGCUGGACCCGAAACAGGGUGUCCUCCGACCCACAGGACCACAACGUCGAGCUGUGCUGGCAACUGGGAGAGAAACUGGGUCUGAAAGACGGAGAACAAGCUUUUCUUAAAGCGUGUCAUCAAGUUUCAUCUUUAAGUCAGGUGUUUGUGGAGCCUUUGUCGGCUGAUGACUGGGAGAUCUUGGAGCUACACAGUUCUACAUUGGAGCAGCAGCUUCUGGAUCAGAUCCGAGUGGUUUUCCAGCAUGCCGUGUUUCCUGUUUGGGUGAAUAGGCAAACAGUAAUCUACAUUAGAAUAGCUUCCGUUUCUCCAUUUGCACCAUUUGGACGUUUGGAGCAGUUCACAGAACUCAUGGUAUCUCCGAAGAUCCGAUCUGAUAUCGGCAACCUUGAUGACGCCAGCACAAGAUCUAGCCUUGAUCGGCCAGAUGCCAGCCAGUCUUCCGCCUCCAAACCAAUAUCAGAUAAUAUCCCCUGUUCUGACAUCAGUCAACAUCGGGGAGGCAUUACUGACCUGAAGAGCUUGCUCCGUCAUGUUAUAAGGGGCUCUUACUAUCAAGUUAAAGAACAUCCUCCUGUACCCAACAUCCCUGUCAUUUUUCCCGACUCCAUCUACAGAGUGUGCGGUUUUCCUCCGGAUCCUCUUUGUACUAUAAAUCACAUUGCUAAUGGAGUUAUUCACAUUUUUCCCUGGAGCCUUAGUCUGAACACAACAAUUAGAGGAGGGCAAUCUGUUGUGACGUAUGGUCGUCUUUUUAAAGUAUUAUCCCCGAAGGAGGCGAAAGAGAAAUCAAAGCAGGGAACAGAGAAAAGGAAGAAUGGAGGAGGGGAAAAUGAUAGAGGUAUGAAUCAAAGAGAGGAGGCAAAAGGGGAAGAGGCCACUGUGGUCAGGGUGGUAUGCCAUGAAGCUGAGAUGUUGGAGAGAGGUCACAGCAAGGGGAAGAUCCAUAGUGGAAGAGUGUGGAUACCACAGCCUCUGGCCUGCAAGUUGAACAUCCAGCCUCAUUCAUCAGUCAGAAUUAAACCCGUGAAAUCAGUCGUCAAAGUAGCCUCCGACAUCCGUCUACAGCCUCUAACAUCUCUGCUUGAGGAAAACGAUGAUGAGAUCCAGACAACUUUUCUCGGCUGGCUGCACACAAAGAGUCAUGAACCUUUGGCGUGUCUGACUCCGCGCUCUGGCACUGUCCUCCUACACGGAAAUGAUGCAAAGAUGGACUUAUGUUUGACGGUGCUGAAACCAGAACCAGAGAACGAUCCUCCAGAUCAGAUGUUUCUUUUAGCACCCACUGUUCUCCAGAAGGAAAACAUACAGGUGAGCAGACAGACGAUGGGACAGCCUGCUCCAAAUACUAGUACUGAAGCAAAAGAGAUGGAGCUCCUCUCACCUAAACUACUUGGUGGGAUUGGAGACCUUAUAAAGACUGGAUUCCAGUUUAUUUCCCACAACCUGCUGGGUAGUCCCCUCUCAAGGGAACUUUGUUCCUUUGGGCGGGGACUCAAAGGAGGAGCACUGCUCAUCACUGGUGCCAAGGGGAGUGGGAAGAGCUCUCUGUCCCGGGCCCUUUGCAGAAAAGCCAGAGAGGAUUUGGACGCACAUGUGGAGGUGUUGGACUGCAAAAAGCUUCAAGGCAAAAGGGCCGACACUGUGAGGCAGGUCCUGCAGGAUGUUUUUGAACAGGCAGAGUGGGGACAACCCUCUGUGGUCCUGCUGGAUGACCUGGAUCAUUUGACUCAUGCACCAUCAUCAGCUGAACAUGAGCAUGGGCCUGAGGCUCUCCUGCAGCAACACAUUGCACAAAGUUUGUAUGAUAUAGUGGAUGAGGCAGUGCUCCACUCCAGCCUGGUAUGUCUGAUCAUCACCAGCCAGAGCGAACACUCUCUCCACCCUUCUCUCACAGAAGUCCAGGGAUCCCAUCUCAUCCAGGGAUUUUUAAACAUCCAGCCACCAGACCAGGCCCAGAGAGCAGAGAUCCUGCAUCAUUUGAUCCAGAGGAAGCCCUUCCUGUCUGAGGAGAGCUUGAAAGACCUGGAUCUAGAGGCUGUUGCCAAGAGGACAGAGGGAUACACGGCCCAGGAUCUCACUGUGCUGUUGGAGCGUGCAAUCCAUGCUAACACAAUGCAAAAAGGACCCAGUGAUCAAGCUGUCUGUCUGUCAUGGAGGGAUUUCCUGCAUGCUCUCAGUGGGUUCACUCCUCCAUCACUGUGGGGCGUGGAGCUUCACACUCCGAGCGGUGUUGGACUAGAGAAAGUGGGAGGGUUACGAGAAGUGCGACAGCAGCUUAUGGACACCAUCCUGCUCCCUGCUAAGUAUCCCAUCCUCUUCUCCAACCUUCCUAUCCGGCAUUGCUCUGGAAUCCUUCUCUAUGGAGCUCCAGGUACAGGGAAAACGCUUCUGAUCAGGGCUGUCGCCAAAGACAGCGGUAUGAACUUCAUCAGCAUUAAGGGACCUGAACUUCUGAGUAAAUAUAUCGGAGCCAGUGAGCAAGGAGUCCGUGACGUUUUCCAGAGGGCACAAGGUGCCAAACCUUGCAUCCUUUUCUUUGAUGAGUUCGACUCUUUGGCACCAAGAAGAGGCCAUGACAGCACGGGGGUAACAGACCGCGUGGUCAACCAGCUGCUUACCGAGCUGGAUGGGGUGGAAGGCCUGCAGGGAGUGUAUGUGCUCGCAGCCACCAGCCGUCCAGAUCUAAUAGACCCAGCACUACUGAGACCAGGAAGACUGGACAAGUCCCUCUAUUGUCCUCCUCCAGACCAGGAAGCUCGUAUUGAGAUCCUAAAGGCUCUAAGUUCUGGCCUCUCUCUCGCUCCGGAUGUUGACCUGGAACAGCUGGCAGCAGUGACACAGCACUUCACUGGAGCAGACCUAAAGGCUCUACUCUACAACGCACAACUAGAGGCUGUCCACAGCUCAGGCGUCGGCACAUCCCAGGAGCUGACCUCGGUCUCAGACAGCGACAUGAGCCUGUCUUCCAUGAUCUUCCCAAAUAACACCAGCAGCUCAGAUGACUCUGUCGGAGAAGGAGACCAGAACCUAGUGCUGGACCAGUCGAUGAGUCAUCUGGAGCCUGCAGAGCUACAUGUGGAACAUGAAGAACAGCACGCUAACGUCUGGAGGCUGUACUUUGGAAGCUCUUUUGAGUCAGAGACUGAAAACUCACCAGUUUCUAGACGGGACUCACCUUACGUCUCUGGACCCAACUCCAGAGAGCCAGUCAGCAGCCUCCCUCCGGCUUAUAUGUCAUCCAUCCAGACGGGAUACAAAGAGCUCUGCUCUGAGCAGCUGGAGCGCCUCCAACAGGACAUCAGAUGCAUCAAGAAUAGCUACAGGAAAGGAAAACAGGAAGAAUUGGUCUGGAUGCGUUCAGCCUCCAGCCAGCUGGGCCUCCUGCUGUCUCAGGCUCACAUUAAAUCUGCCCUGGCUGUGACUAGACCCUCACUCAGCCCAGCCGACUGGAGCAAAUACAGUAAACUGUAUGAAACAUUUGGAGGUUUAGAGGACAAGCUGCAUCCACGUGUGCCGUUCACACCAGGACAACACGUCACUCUUGCCUGAUGGCUUCAUUCAUCUUAAUUUGUUUCAGAAAUUUAAACUUGAUUGUAAUUUUUUUUUCCCCUACUAAUGUAUUUAAAUAAAAGGUUUAGUUUCUAAUAUGUAAUUAUUGCACAUAUGUAUAAAUGUAGAUCUUUUAUAAUUC